UGGGGGACUGGAGCAGGCGGCACCCAGGACCGUCCAGCUGAGAUGGCCUUGUUAACGGAGAACCUGGAGGAGGAGCUGAGCGCCACAGCCCAGCAAGUGCUGGGGAAACUUCGGAGCCACCAGCUGUUCCAGUCUGAGUGGGAUACCGCUGCCUUCAUCAUCUUCCUCAUCUUCCUCGGUGUUGUGGCUCUCCUCCUGCUCCUUGUCUGCAUCCACUGCUGCUGCUGCGGCUGCUGCCAAAACCACUCCUCCAGAUCCCAGAAGAAACACUCCCAGGGAUUUGAUAACUUCGCCCUGGAGCCAUAAUGCGGAGAGUCCCUGACCCCCUGCCUCUGUCCUGC